CUUUCUUAUUCUCUGUAGUCUUGAACUCUUUGAAUAAAAGAAAUAAAAAAAUAUCAGUUAUUUUCCCCUUCCUUUCCUUUUUAUUUUGAAUUAAAAUAAAAUAAAAUAAUAUACAUUUUAUUUACAUAUAUAUAACAUGACCACUUGUUGUGGAAGAUUAAGUAAAGUUUAUGUGAUUCUCACCAAUUUACUCUUUGCUUGUCUUGGUGCUGCUUAUAUUGCCUUUGGUGUACUUGGAUCUCGAAAUAAGUUUCUUGGUGCUGCUUUAUUCCCUGAUCUAGUAUUUAAACUAUCUGCUAUCUUGGGCGCCAUUAUCAUCGUAGCUUCCAUUUUUGGAUUCACUGCUGCAUUCAGUAGACGACGAUUGUUCAUUUACCUAUACCUAUUGGUGAUCCUUAUAUCUUUGGCUGUUCAAGUUGUAAUUGGUGUACAAGUUUACAAAAGUGCUGCUAAUACAAAGCAAUAUCUUGUCAAUUUUUGGGCUUCAGCAUCUGAUAAUGAUAAAACCGAACUUCAAAACGAAUUCUCCUGUUGUGGUUAUGAUGGUAUUCAAAGCUCUACUUCCAAUCAAUGUCCAACUUCAUUACCUCCUUGUUUCGAUAGUCUUCAAACAUAUAUACAAAACGCCUUUCAAAAAGUAUAUUUGAUUACAUUUGCUGCUCUUGCCGUUCAAUUAUUAGCCAUAUCCAACGCUAUGACCAUGAUCUGUAGUCGAUAUAUACAUAGUGAUCAAUAUGAAGACGAAAGACGUGAACAUCGAAAAUCAGGGAUUCGAUUGGAUGAUAUGACAGUGGAUACUCCAACUACAGCUGGAUCAUAUAAUCAAUAUGGAAUGCAUCAACAACAAUACGAACAAAAAGGAUAUUAUGUCGAUAAUAGUCCUCAGAAUCGAUAUGAUAGUUAUGAUAUGUAUAGACACAAUAAUGCUAGUAGUGGAUAUGCCAAUCAAGGAUAUAAUCAAUAUCAUUAUUAGUUUUCCCCCCUAGAUAGUCUCUCUUUGUUACUCUACAUCUCAUCAACACCAUACCAAACCGUCAUUCUUUUUCUGUCCUUUUUGUCCUACAUUAUUCACACUCUUCUUUUUUUAUUAUUUAUUAUUAUUAUUAUUAUUAUUAUUUAUCAAUACAUC